AUGAAAGCCGUAUUCUUCCUUGGUUGGGCGCCGCCGCGCCGCUGGGAAGACCCAGUGACUUGGAGGCCCCGCGGGUGCAAUGAGAUAACGGAUUACCUUGUCAACGCCACCAUGGACUUAGAGGCGUAUUGGACACGCCAGCUCCAGGAUAUCCCGGCCGACGGUUGCAACAUUAUCUGCCAUUCCGAUGGAGGCGCGAGGAUCGGUGGGUGCUCUGCUGCGGCAUAUAUCGUGGAGGCGCGCGUGGAGAAGGACGGCGUUUUCACGGCAAUUGUUCUCGCCGUGGGCGGGCUCUACAUGGAUUGCCUUGUGUCGUCUUUCCUUGCGGAGGCUAUUGCUUUGGAGGAAUGUGCAUCAUGUGCCAGACGGCUGAUUGAGCUUGGUUCACGUACCAAGCGCAGGGAACUUUAG